CGCAGGUCAAAGGUGAAGCUGAAAGAUGGCGACGGGCAUGGAGCAUGAGGAAGCGGCUGAGGAGACCGCGAAAACCUUUAAAGAGCUGGGAGUGACAGAUGUGCUAUGUGAAUCCUGUGAUCAGUUGGGAUGGAAGACGCCGACAAAGAUCCAGGUGGAGGCUCUUCCAGUUGCACUCCAAGGCCGUGACAUCAUUGGCUUAGCAGAGACAGGAUCUGGAAAAACUGGGGCUUUUGCUUUGCCCAUUCUGCAGGCCCUGCUAGAGACUCCUCAGCGCUUCUUUGCUUUGGUACUCACACCGACCCGGGAGUUGGCGUUUCAGAUCUCGGAGCAGUUUGAGGCUCUUGGGUCUUCUAUUGGUGUCCAGAGUGCUGUGAUUGUGGGAGGAAUUGACAUGAUGGCCCAGUCUCUGGCCCUGGCCAAAAAACCACAUGUAAUAAUUGCUACACCUGGCCGUCUUAUUGAUCACCUUGAAAACACAAAGGGCUUCAAUUUGAGAGCUCUGAAGUACCUAGUGAUGGAUGAAGCGGACAGGAUCCUCAACAUGGACUUUGAAACAGAGGUAGACAAGAUCCUGAAAGUGAUUCCCAGAGAUAGGAAGACUUAUCUUUUUUCUGCUACUAUGACUAAAAAGGUCCAAAAACUCCAGCGUGCAGCUCUUAAGGACCCUGUCAAAUGUGCGGUUUCAUCUAAGUAUCAGACGGUUGAAAAACUGCAACAGUAUUAUGUGUUUAUCCCUUCCAAGUUCAAGGACAGUUACCUUGUCUAUAUUCUGAAUGAACUUGCCGGGAACUCAUUCAUGAUAUUCUGCAGCACUUGCAACAAUACUCAGAGGACAGCCCUCCUGCUCCGGAACCUGGGCUUCACUGCCAUCCCCCUCCAUGGACAGAUGAGUCAGAAUAAGCGAUUGGGGUCGCUGAACAAAUUCAAAGCUAAAGCACGUUCCAUUCUCCUGGCUACUGAUGUUGCUAGUCGAGGCUUGGAUAUCCCCCAUGUUGAUGUGGUGGUGAACUUCGACAUUCCUACUCAUUCCAAGGAUUACAUUCAUCGGGUGGGGAGAACAGCUCGAGCUGGGCGCUCUGGCAAAUCAAUCACCUUCGUCACACAGUAUGAUGUGGAGCUGUUCCAGCGCAUUGAGCACCUGAUUGGCAAGAAGCUCCCCGUCUUCCCCACACAAGAGGAAGAGGUCAUGAUGCUGACGGAGCGUGUGGCUGAAGCACAGAGAUUUGCUCGGAUGGAGUUGCGGCAGCAAGGGGAAAAGAAGAAGCGCUCCCGAGAAGAGGCAAAUGAAGAUAAUGAUGAUGAUGCAGAAGGAGCGAUGGGUGUCAGGAACAAAGUUGCUGGUGGGAAAAAGAAGAAAUGGAAAGCUUGAGAAGUGAAUACCAGCAGACUUUAUUUCUUCCAUGUUUGGGGCAUUUGUUCUGGGAGUCGCCAGUCCAAUAUUGAUAUUGGACUGACCUUCCAACACUUGCCCAGGCAGCAAGAAGUUUCCUGCUCCACUAGCACCUUUGCAAACCGGGCAUUCCAACUGCCUGGGUGUAAUCUGGAAAUGAUUCUCUUACGAGCCCGGCCAAUCUGUCCUCACCUGGCAAAUGCCUCUUAUCUUCUGCAGCCCACAGUUCUGUUCGCCGAAAGGUAGCAGGAGAUGGCAGAUUCCGGAAAGCUCUUUCUGGAAAGUGCAAUUAGAUAUAUGACAGAACUUUUUAAACCUGCUACUGCCCAAGUUAUGGAGAGUGACUUCCAUGUCCCAUAAUUAUUUUAAGAAGAGAAUUGGCCAACAUAAAUCCUUGUGCUGGUUUUUCAAGCUGUACCAAAAGAAGGAGGAACUUACAAUAAGAUACCUGCCUUCUAAAAGGAGGGAGGGGAAUAAUAAUAAAAAAGCUCUAUUUAACCCAAA